AUGUGGCUGUCGUCCCUUAUAGCUGGUAUAUCUACUGCCAGCCCGCAGCAUUGUUGCAGGACCUUCUUGUUUCCGCUUGGCAUCGCUUUAACUCGGGGUAUCCUGGCAUUUCCGCCGGUGUCUUCCGUGCACACCCUCGGUUUUUGUUAUAUUCCUACGAACCCUUAUACCUUAGUCCCGAUCCGACGGAGCCGCACACCACAAUCGCGGAGUGCAAUUUCCUUGACAAUCUCGUUGAUGCCUGACAAACCCGGAACGGUUGCCGCAUAUGCGGCCGGAGCCUCCUUGGCCGCCAUCACUUUAUUCUAUGUCUUUGGACCAAAUUUCACCAUAGACGGGGACGAGUCGAGCAAUAGCGACCGCAAGAAGGGAGUUGUUGGUUUGUCGAAUCCUGCCAAUGACUGCUUUAUAAACUCGGUUCUGCAAGCGCUGGCCGGCCUGGGCCAGUUGCGUGUAUACCUCAUUCGUGAACUACACCGUCGAGAAUUGGAUGGUCCAGAUGUUUAUAACCAGCUUCCGGGGCCGGAUGAAGUUACGGGAAAGCGCAGUCUUCCCCCAGACAGGCUGCGGGAAUUGCAACAGGGGACUGUGACGCUGGCGUUGAAAGAGAUGCUUGACCGACUGAAUGAACGGCCAAUAUAUAAGAAAACGAUCUCUGCUCGCUCUUUUAUCCAGGCGCUAGAGUUUGCCUUUCGGACGCGGAUCAGCCGUAAUCAGCAGGAUGCGCAGGAGUUUCUACAAAUCGUUGCAGAAAGGUUAUGUGAGGAAUAUCAUGCAGCGGUGCAAGCGAGACAGCGAGCACAACGUGCGGUUGUGUUGGAUACCGACGCCUCGUCGAUUGCACAAGAUGAGAGUGACGGGAAUUCCGUGGAGGUUUCCGUGCGCAUUGACGACGGCUCCAAGGAUGGUCUGCCUGCGAUCAUCGACAAUAAACUGAAAGAAAUUGACAACGAACAUGGGUUUCCUCUUGAAGGACAGCUCGAAUCACAAAUCGAAUGCCAAACUUGUCAUUAUCAGUAUCGACCAAAUAGAACUUCGUUUGUUAAUUUAACGCUGCAAGUUCCGCAAAAGAGUUCUGCGACGCUGAGUUCUUGCUUUGAUGGGUUGCUCAAGACUGAAUAUAUUGACGACUUUCGAUGUGACAGGUGCGGGCUGCAGCAUGCAUUAGAGACGAAAAUUAUCGCAAAAACCAAAGCCAAAUCGGACGCAGAGAUAGAAAACCUAGAUGCGCAGAUAAGGCAGAUCCAGCAGGCUCUUGACACAGAUCCAGAGCAAGGAUUGGAGGGAGUAGAUCUCCCUGCCGCGGAUUUGGCGCCCAAGCGUCGAAUUGCGCGACAUAUGCGCAUUACCGCCUUUCCAAAAGUUGUCGCUAUUCACUUGUCGCGUUCAAUCUUUGAUCAGACCAGUUCCACAAAAAAUGCAGCCAAAGUGUCAUUCCCCGAACGUCUACCUCUAGGAGGAAUUCUCAACCGCAAAUGGUACAAAUUAUUAGGGAUAGUCUGUCACAAGGGCAGCCAUAACAGCGGACAUUAUGAAUCUUUCCGACGAAGUCAUUUGUAUCCACCCUUUUCCACACCGGACGCCUUUCGAUCAUACGCGGCGAGUCGAACGGGUAGCGAGAAUCCGUCAGUAGCGGGCAGUCCACGCCUUCCAGCGACGAAGAAAUCGAAUUACUCACCUUCUGGAGGAGUCGAGCCUAGCCCUUUAAGCAUCUCGCCAGUUGAGUCUUCACUCUCGCUGUCAAGUGCGAUCCCAAACAAUCCACCAUUCACGGCCCAAACACCAUCAUCCAUUUCAUCGUCCUCAUCCCAGGAAACCGCCAACCCGCCACGAUCAUCCCUGCAACUGCAACCCUCUAGUAGCGAACAAAUUCAAGACCUUCCCCGCCGCAGCUCAUCAGUCCGCUUAGGAACCCCAAAACAUAGCACUAGCAGCUCCGCAGGUGGUGGCCUGAGCGCCCAACGGCUUCUACGCAGUAGCAGACGCAAAACGGCGGAUAGAUGGUGGCGCAUAUCCGACGAUAAAGUCAAAGAAUGCAAAACGAAUGAUGUCUUGGGGAUGCAAAAGGAGGUGUAUCUGCUAUUCUACGAGAUGGAGAGCCCGUCGUGA